GGUCAGCAGCGGCACCUCCUCCUCCUCCUCCUCAGCAUCUCCAUCACCAUCCUCCUCCUCCUCCAGAGGAAGAACCCAGCCGCGUCUCGGGCUCUCUAACCGCCGACAUGUGUCCACUUCUCCCCGCUGGUUCCGGUUCCGUCCAGGAGAAGCUCCGGUUUAUUUAAAAGAACAAGUCUGCUGGUUUUAUCUGGUCUUCAUCAUGUCCUCCUGGGAUGGGUUCGCAGGUAACUGGGACUGACCCGGUUCGGUUGAAACGGAGCUUCCAGCCCAACACCGACUCGUCUGAACGCCGGAGUGCGAUGCAGGCCCGGCCCAAUUAGGCGGAUUCGUCGGUGAUUGUUCAGUGGAAGUUUGCUCAGAAGCAGCUUUCAGCCGAUGACAGCAGCGCAUUUGGGUCACGAACCAGGUGCGGUUCAUUAUCAGCUGUUGAUAAGAUCCGUUAACGGCGCCAUUUCCCUGUAGGAGACGGGCCAAAGUUCUGGCGAGUGGACCGUGGACCCAAAGAGCUGCCAAGCCUCUGAUGGAGUUCUGGUAACACGGCGACCCGAACGUCUGAGGCCGUCUCAACACUCUGGCAUUUUGGAUUCGCACCAUGACUUCUCACGCUGUUCGCCAGCGCUCGCGCUUCAUCGGGCUUCUCGCCUCUGCCACUACACUUGUGAUGAUGAUGUCACUUCCUACUUCAGCAGCAGAAUCAGAGACGUGUUUCUCCAGGCAGCACCAGAGCGCCACCGUUAACGUCAGGGUGGCCCUGAGCCAAGCGAGGACGGCAAUGAACACCCGGGUGGUCCACUCGGAGAGGGACUGUGUCCUCGCUUGCUGCUCCGAGGAGAUCAGACCAGGUCUUCGCUGCAACAUGGCUGUGUUCAAGUCCGUCAGACAUGCUGCUGAUGAGAACUGCCUCCUCUUCCACUGUCCCACUGAGCAGGACUGUCCUCUGAUGAAGGCUUCAGAUGGCAUCAACACGUACGACAUCUACAAAGGUUUAAGUCAUCCACCUACACUGAGACCCGUCACCAUGACAACAGCUGUCCAAACCACCAGCAGCACUGCACCAACAACCAAGCUUCAAACCACCACAACGACCACAGCUUCAGCACCAACCACAAGCAGUCAGGCCCCGCCCACUACAACAAGGGUAACACCCACCACCUCACAGGCCCCGCCCACUACAGCAUGGGUAACACCCACCACCUCACAGGCCCCGCCCACUACAACAAGGGUAACACCCACCACCUCACAGGCCCCACCCACUACAACAAGGGUAACACCCACCACCUCACAGGCCCCGCCCACUACAGCAUGGGUAACACCCACCACCUCACAGGCCCCACCCACUACAACAAGGGUAACACCCACCACCUCACAGGCCCCGCCCACUACAGCAAGGGUUACACCCACCACCUCACAGGCCCCGCCCAAAAUCAAAUCUCCCUCGCCCAUUAUCCUCAUCAUGCCGAUGCCCACGACAACUUCACAACCAGCUACAAUGGUGAUGACGCCUGGCCCUCCGCCAACCCCCACCUCAAGAAAACUAAGCAAAAACAACAAAAAGCAAAAUAAAGCCUCAAAGAAAGGCAAACCCCAUCAUUUCAGCACCACAACCUCUCAGCCAUCUAUCAGCUCUACGUCACUUCCUGCCACAACUAAAGAGGUGGAGGCGGAGCAUAGAACUUCUGACCCCUUAGAGAAACCCACAGAGAGUACAACUCCACCCACCACUACUGUUCUAACUACUACCGCCACAGUUCCCACCACAACUACCGCUGCUGCUCCUCCUCCCGCUAACACAUACACAACUACAACACGUUCCACCGCUGCCACCACCACCACUGAGUCCUCCACCACUACAGCUCCUCCAACAAGCCUGAUCAUUGUACCCAAAGACAUCCUCCAAUCAGAGCACACCCUACAGAACUCCAGCUCCAAUAGAGACAAGACAUUUGCUGCUCACAGAGCCCUGAAUAGUGGUGUGGUAGCUGUUAUGGUCGUGGGACUGGCCAUGCUCACACUGGCCCUUACACUCGGCGGGCGGAAGGCGAUGGAGUCUUUUGAUAGACGACAUUAUACGAGACUGGAGCUGAAUGAUCUGCACUACGAGAUUUAAAAGGGAGAAUGUCUCGAGGUUUUUUAACUUUAAAUACUUAAUUGAAUAAGAGUGGGGCGUGUCCCACACGCAGCUACCGACCCUUUGUACCUGCGUCACUAGAUCACGUGGGUCCACCAUAUCAGAGGGCAAAAGAAUGGCAAACAGUGAGCGAAACGAGUGUCGAACAAGGGGAAGUAGUGGCCGAGACCAUGUUUUUGUUAUCGUUUUUUGCAAUGUUUACCAUGACUUCAUCUAGUUCAAGUCCAUUUCCAUGAUUGGAAGAAGUAGAGCAGUUAGGUGGGGCAGCAAUGAAUUACGGGGGGUAUGAUGCAAAUGAUGCAGGUCAACGGGGCUAAAAACGCAGUUUUCUAAUCCGCUUUGCCUCACGCCCUCAGAGUAAGGACUCCAAAGCGCUUUACACUACAGUGUAUCAUUCAUCCAUUCACAUACUCAUUCACACACUGGUGGUGAUGAGCUACGAUGUAGCUACAGCUGCCCUGGGGCGAGCUGACAGGGGCAAGGCUGCCGAGCACAGGCGCCACCGGUCCCUCUGACCACCACCAGCAGGCAACGUGGGUUAAGUGUCUUGCCCAAGGACACAACAGCAGAAUUCUCUGUCCGGAGCCGGGAUCAAACCUGCAACCUUCCGAUUACUGGACAACCCGCUCUACCUGUUGAGCUGCUGCUGAUGGGGGUUUCGACCACGCCAGUCACGUACUUUGAGAUCGGCUCGUCGCACAUGUGACGUCACCACAUACCCCCCCCAGCUUAGCUGCUACUUACCACAUGACCACAUUUAUGGCGGUUCUUUCCUCCUGAAGGAAGGAUUUGUAGUUUGCUGCACCUAAAGAUUUGUUCCCUCAGUGUUCUCCGUGUCUGGUUUGAUGACGUCACUUUCGUGAAGCGCAUUUGUAGUCCUGGACUUAUUUUCACACAAAACCUAAAAUCGCUUUUCCCCUGUUCUUGGUAUGAAAAUGAGUCCCGGACCUCAUACGUGAAAUCCAUGACACUUAGCAAACGGAAUUGGAAAAUAGCGUUUUUAGCCCCGUUGAGUUGCAUUCAUUUUGUCGUUCCUCCGGGUACCCGUGAUGCAGAAGUACAUGGGCGUGACUUAGGCUCCCUGUUGAACGGCGAGGAAACCUGGAAACUGAGGUUAUUUUUUUUCCAGUUCAGCCUGGUUUCUAUUAGAUCACGCCCAGUGGGAUGGUGUCGGACACCUAGGUGAGGCUCAUAGUGAGCGGUAUUUACAAAGUUACGUGUUAACUAGCUUACUAUCGUUAGCUUUCGUGCUCCCUGCUGCUGUACAAAGAUGUAAACAAGUAGCUGACAGGAUUCACCCUGCUGGAUUUCUACCAUUAUGUGAUGAACAGUGUUUCCCUUUAACCUGGAUCUGGUUAUAAAAAGUCUGGUCCCCAUCAGUUUUUGUCGCUGGCAGGGUCACUGGGUUCAGAUGCUACUCGCACCGCGGAGAGGGGAGUUAGCGGCGUCGCUCAUCGUGCUGAAUAAAUAACCUAAUUUACGCACACAGUCCUACAUUGAAACAAUGUUAUUAGUAUCUAGUAACUCGGUACGGCGGACGGUAACGCACGCCCUCCAUGGUGAAAUGUAGGAUUAUCAAUACUAAAUAAGUAAUACAAACACAUCACAUUUACCAUUCCAGGUCCAUCAGAAGCACUUGAACGUUACUCUUACCCAGUAACGCGUGUGUGCUGCACGUGCCAGAGUACUGCCCCGGCUGCUGGUCUGAUGGAUCCCUGUGGUUCCUUCUGGUUUCUGGUCUCCUUCAAAGUUAUUAAAAACAGACGAGCUGAGUUUAGAUCCUUGUCUGUCAGUGCAGCCAACCGCGCAGCAAGCUGUUAGCAUUUUGCUGUGGAGCCAACUGUGUUGAAGCUGCAAACGGGCUCCAAUGAAGCUUAAACGUGUGGAAACGGUCUUUCUGCCCACUGUAAUGGCUAAGAGGGCGGUCCUGUGAGCGGCGUGAUGUCACGUGGAAAGGGGGACUAGCUCACGCCCAUCUACGUCUUGUCUGUGGGUUCGUGAGUCUAUGGUCCAAAUAAAAGUUAUUCUCUGAUCCCCGUCUGAUAUGUGCCAUGGAUUUAAGAUGUCCGUGAAUUGUUAAAAACACGUUUGGAUGCCAAGAAAUGACUGAUUUUACACGGGCAGCAAAUUUACUUCAGGUUUUGUGUGAAAAGACGUAGAGGACUACAAAUGCUCAAAAACUGUCUGAGUCUGAGCGAGCGUCACGUCCUUCUUCGGGAUGACAGGAAGAGCAUUAAACGUGGAAGAACGGCAUGUGGUUCUGUAGCAGCAACACUGGGGAGAAGAGAUGCUGCUGACGUCAAUCUUUAGUCUUAAUCACCAUUUUUACAAGCUAAUUGAUCUCAGACAUGGUCAAAACUCACAUAAUAAUGUUUCAUUUAAAUGAAAAUAAAACCCGUGUGUGGUUCAGGGCGUGAGGCAGAGCGGAGCAGAAAAUAACUUGUAUAGCCUCGUUCAGGGACCCACAAGCCGACGGAAGGGGAGGAGCCUAAGGCUUCUUAUGAAGCCAGGUAGGAUGCUUUUCUGUGAUCGGUCUGUUUGUCUCCAUUUAAAGUCCUCAUCAAAAUAGCUCUCUCUCUCUCUCUCUCUCUCUCUCUCUCUCUCUCUCUCUCUCUCUCUCUCU